AUGGUCCUUCGCACCGGAUUACGACCGUCGAACUCCGUCCGUUCCGGUAACUGUCCAUUACCACUGUCGCCGUUCAUCAUGUCAACGGAACGUCGCAUCAAGGGAUUGAAGACCAAGCUGAAGAGCCUAACCGUCUCAUUCAACCUGAUCAAGACUUUCGUUAACAAUUACCAGGAAGAAAGGGAUGUCUUCGAGAUACCGGUACGCCUUGAGAACCUCGACAAGGUGUGGACCGACUUUCAGAGCACUCAAUCAGAGCUUGAAUCCGUCGAUGAGACGAUCGACGAGCAGCUUAAAGAACGGGUCGACUUUGAAACUGCCUACUACCGGGUGAAAGGUCUUCUGCUAUCCAAAAAUAAAUCUCCGCUAUCGACGUCCAUGACUACGUCUUCUUCUUCAAGCUCACAAGUCCAUGGUUCAUCGUCGCAUAAGUUUUACUACCUUCGUUCCUCUCUGGCUGGAGAGGCCUUAAAACUGGUUCAAACGAUUACCAUCAGUGCCAAUAACUACCACGUGGCCUGGAAUCUGCUGGUUGAGCAUUAUCAAAACCCUUCGCGUCUGAAACAAUCGUACCUCGACGCUCUUUUCGAAGUCGGUACCCUGAAACGCGAAUCUGCGGCCGAUUUACAUCUGCUGGUAGAGAACUUCGAAGCCAAUGUGAAGGUGUUGAAGCAGCUCGGUGAGAGAACCGAGUUUUGGGACUCCAUUCUGAUCCGUAUGCUCAGCGUCCGCCUAGAUCCCACAACUCGAAGGGACUGGGAGGAAUUAUCUUCAACUAAACCAGACGUGACGUUCAAGGAUCUGACCUCCUUUAUCCAGCGAAGAGUGACUGUUCUGCAAACGAUCCAGGGAAAAGCUGUCGAUACUCCAGCAUCCACUCAACAGAUGAAAAGAUCCAGUCAACGUGUCGUUGCUAGUCAUGGGGCCAGUCAAGUUCAAGCUGGUCGGAAAUGCGUCGUGUGUUCUGAUCAUCACCCACUCUAUAUGUGCCAGCUGUUCUCAAAACUCGACGUCGAAGCGAAGGAAAAGGAAGUUCGCCGCCAUCAACUAUGCCGCAACUGCCUGCGCACGGGUCACCAAGCUCGAGACUGUUCGUCAUCCAGUUCCUGCCGAAAGUGUCGAGGUCGUCACCACACACAGCUCUGCUCCGGGAUGAAUUCUGCCUCUGUAAGCUCCAGGCAACCAAGUCCUCAAUCAACAGCUACAGCAUCCUCUGCGAAACUCGAACAGCCGAAAGCAUCUGUAUCCGCUACCGUCACCGCACCUUCAAGCCAUGCAAGCACCGGUCAAGCACGAAAGGGCGUGCUUUUGGCUACCGCAGUCGUUAAAUUAGUGGACGACAACGGCACUGAACAUGUUGCCAGAGCGCUUCUCGAUUCCGGUAGUGAAUGUUGCUUCAUUACCGAAUCACUCUCGCAAGUCAUCAAAUCUCAGCGCACAAAAAUAUCCGUUCCGAUCAGUGGCAUUGGGCAAUCAUCAACGUACGCACGGUACAAGAUCGUCGCUUCGAUUCAAUCAAGGGUUUGUGACUACUCCACCUCUGCUGAGUUCCUUGUUCUGCCCAAAGUCACCAUCGAUUUGCCCUCUGUUCAAGUAGACACUUCUUCUUGGACCAUUCCUCCCGGUGUUCAGCUAGCCGACCCAUUGUUCUACGAAUUAAAUCCAGUGGAUAUUAUCAUUGGCGCAGAAGUAUUCUUUGAGCUCUUUAAAGUUUCAGGUCGCAUUCAGCUUGGCGAAUCCCUUCCGACCUUGGUCAACUCAGUCCUUGGCUGGAUAGUGUCUGGAAAGACUUCGCACGGCACUUCGAGGUCUCCAAUCAUCGCCAAUGUUGCAACGAUCACCGAUUUACAUAAGCUCAUCGAAAAGUUUUGGUCAAUCGAAGAAGACGAAAGCACUCCAAACCAUUCCGUCGAAGAAGCCGCUUGCGAAGAACACUUUCGACACACCGUGAAGCGCAACUCUGAGGGAAGGUACAUUGUUCGCUUACCCGUGAAGGAAAACGUCAUCGAACAACUUGGCGACAACCGUUCUACUGCCGUCCGUCGUUUUCGAAUGCUGGAAGGUCGACUUGUUCGUAACCCAGGCAUAGCACAGCAAUACCGUGACUUCAUGGACGAAUACCUUGCUUUGGGCCACAUGAAGCAGGUGUUUGACUACCAGUCGCCUCCAUCUCCAUGCUAUCAUAUGCCUCACCACGCUGUAGUUAGAGAAGAGAGCACUACUACGAAACUGCGAGUGGUCUUCGACGCAUCAUGCAAGACUCCGGAGGGACCAUCGCUCAACGACGCACUUAUGGUAGGCCCAACCGUGCAGCAAGAGAUUCGGUCAAUCAUCAUGCGCUCCCGGAUCCGUCGAAUAAUGGUCAUCGCUGACGCCAAGCAGAUGUACCGACAAGUACUCGUAGACGAACGUGACACUCCGCUUCUACGAAUUGUUUGGACGACAUCAUCGGAGCUACCUCUGGGUACUUAUGAGCUGCUAACUGUAACUUAUGGCACUGCAAGCGCACCCUUUCUCGCUACUCGUGUCCUCCUGCAACUUGCAGAUGACGAACAGGACAGUUUUCCAGAGGCAGCCGAAGUCUUACGUAAGGACUUCUACGUGGACGAUCUUUACUCGGGCGCAAGCAACGUCGAAGAAGCAACUAAGCUCCGUCAGCAGCUAGAAGCACUCCUGGCCAAAGGCGGGUUUGAACUUCGAAAGUGGGCAUCUAACGAAGAAGCUGUUCUGGAAGGUAUCGCUCCAGAAAAUCGAGCACUAAAGACCUCCAUUGAACUGGAUCAUAACCAAUCCAUCAAGUCGUUAGGUCUUCAUUGGGAACCUGCGUCAGAUCAGCUGAAGUACCGUAUUGAACUGCCAGCUGACACAUUUGAUGCUUCACUAACUAAGCGAAAAGCAUUAUCACAAAUCGCUCGCCUCUUUGAUCCCCUCGGUUUACUAGGUCCAGUCGUUAUAUCCGCUAAAAUUUUUAUGCAAGCCCUCUGGACGUUGAAGGAUGACAGCGGAAGAAGCUGGAGCUGGGACGAAGAGCUUCCAAUGCCAAUGAAGGAACGUUGGCAUAAUUAUACAUCGCAAUUACCGCUUCUCAAUGACCUACGGAUCACGCGCUAUAUCCUCUCAGCAAAACCAGCAUUCGUUCAAUACCAUUUCUUCUCGGACGCUUCUCAGCACGCAUACGGCACAUGCUGCUACAUCCGAUCGGCAGACAAUUCUGGAUCGUUCAAGGUAGCCCUUCUCACAGCCAAGUCUAAAGUAGCACCACUCCAGCAGCAAAGCAUUCCUCGGUUAGAACUAUGUGGGGCACUUCUUGCAGCCCAGCUCUAUCAAAAGGUCAUGAAAUCACUCGAACUACCCGGUGCAACAUUCUUCUGGGUUGAUUCGACGACGGUUCUCAGCUGGCUGAAUGCUACGCCGUCAACAUGGACCACCUUCGUCGCGAAUCGCGUGUCUAAAAUUCAGCAAGCUACGCAAAAUUGUUCCUGGCAUCACGUCGCUGGGCAAGAGAAUCCCGCAGAUCUCCUAUCACGAGGAAUUGCAGCAGAAGAUAUUUUGGACAAUCAACUCUGGUGGCACGGGCCGAAAUGGCUGCAACUCGCUCAAACGUCUUGGCCGAUCAAGCAGCAUGAAAUCGCACCCAACACCGAAGCACUAGCAGAAGCAGGUAAACAGCGGAAAACUGUAUGCACAGCAUCCUCUGAACCAACAUUCGUCGAUCAACUCUCAACAAAGUUCUCCGACUACGACCGUUUGCUCAGAGUAACCGCUUACUGUCGUCGAUUCAUCCACAAUUGUCGUCAAAACGCAGCAAGCAACCAUUCAACUUACGUCACAUCGGAUGAGAAAAAAGCAGCAGAGGCCACUCUUAUUCGAUUGGUUCAGCAACAAACCUUCAUUGAGGAGUGGAAAGAUCUCGAGAAAUUCAUGCACGUUUCAGUGAAGUCCCGCUUGCGCUGGUUUCAUCCGUUUGUGUCGGACGAUCGGCUUAUUCGCAUUGGUGGCCGUCUUGUGCAAGCGCCACAGCCUUACGAUAGCAAGCACCAGAUCAUCAUUCCAGCUUCUCACCCUCUCUCAAAGCUAUUGGUUCGUUCAUGCCACGAAAAACACCUACACGCUGCUCCACAACUCAUCAUUGCCAUUUUGCGUCUGCGGUACUGGAUCAUAGGGGCCAGAAGUCUUGCCAGAUUCAUUUACCGCAACUGUGUCACUUGCUCUAGGGCACGUCCGCAACUUCUGGAACAGUUCAUGGCUGAACUACCGUCGCCACGCGUCACAGCAUCUCGACCGUUCUCCGUGACCGGUAUUGAUUAUUGGGGACCCAUCUCGCUGCAACCCAUACACCGUCGGGCAGCACCCCAAAAGGCCUACGUGGCAGUGUUCGUUUGCUUUUCAACACGCUCCGUACAUAUUGAGCUGGUCGUCGACUUGAGUACGGCUAAAUUUCUUCAAGCACUACGUCGCUUCGUAUCUCGCCGAGGUCUGUGCAGCGAUAUCUACAGUGACAACGGUCGCAACUUUGUCGGAGCUGCCAACGAGCUGCGAAAAUUGGUCCGCAGUAAGGAGUAUCGUCAGGCCGUCGCACAAGAAUGCACCAGUACAGGAAUCCGUUGGCAUUUUAAUCCACCAAAGGCUUCACAUUUCGGUGGACUUUGGGAAGCUGCGAUUCGUUCUGCACAGAAGCAUUUUAUCCGUGUACUCGGCACUCGAACUCUGGCACAUGAUGAAAUGGAGACGCUAUUAGUUCAAAUCGAAUCUUGCCUGAAUUCUCGUCCCAUCGUUCCACUCAGCGAAGAUCCGUCCGAUUUCGAGCCACUGACGCCUGGUCAUUUCCUCGUUGGAUCAGCGCUCAAGGCUAUUCCUGACACCGACGUCACCGAAGUUCCGCUAAACCGUCUGCGACAGUGGGAGCAAACACAGAAGAUUUUUCAACUGGUUUGGAAACGAUGGCAAUCCGAAUAUUUGGCUACACUUCAAUCCCGUUCGAAAUGGUGCAGUCCACCGAUCACCAUCAAGCAAAAUCAACUGGUUCUCCUCAAGGAUGAAAAUUCGGCUCCAAUGUCGUGGCCGAUGGGCAGAAUCGUCGACGUUCAUCCGGGUUCUGAUGGCAUCACACGGGUAGUGACCGUUCAGACACCAACCGGUCGCUUUACUCGUCCCGUAGCAAAAAUUUGCAUCCUGCCAAUUCCACCUACAGAAGAUAUAACCAUCGAUCCACCAGCAAAAGCAGCGACCAAAUCAACACAACAAUGA